UAAGAUAUUCUGUUUAUUUUAUAAAAGUACGAUUAAAUAUUGCAGUAGACAUGCAAAUUUAAUGUUUAAAACAGAAUGAGCUCAAAUUUUCGAUGCAUUAGAUGGGCUGUAGAUUUAUAUCAGUGGAAACCAUCAAUACAAGAACUAAGUUUGGCCAUAUCAUGUAUACAAUUAGAAGAAAAAGAGAGAUUAAUGAAAUUUGUUUUUCAAGAGGAUUUUUAUUCGUCGUUAGUUGGAAGACUGUUAAUGCGUAAAUUUGUUAAAUCGGUAACGAAUAUAAGUUAUGAAAAAAUCCAUUUCGAACGCGAUGAAAAUGGUAAACCAUUUCUAACAAACAAUCUCGAUGAAACUCAGCAUUUGAGUUUUAAUGUUUCACAUCAAGGCCGUUAUAGUAUUCUUGCUGGAAUUUUCCAUAAUAAAGUUGGGUCUUCUGCAACACCUUUAAACUGUGAAGAUGUUCAUGUUGGUGUUGAUGUUAUGAAAAUUGAAUACAGUGGAGGAAAAUCUAUUUCUGAAUUUUUUCGCAUUAUGAAUAGAAAUUUUUCCGAAGAUGAGUGGAAAUUGAUAAAAAAAAGUUCAAAUGAAUUAAAUCAGUUGAGAUUAUUUAUGAGACAUUGGUGUUUGAAAGAAAGUUAUGUUAAGAAUAUUGGAAUAGGUAUAAAAAUUGAUUUGAAAAAAAUUUCUUUUAAUAUUAAAUCUGAAGAAGCAGAUCCAAAUAAAAUCCAUACUAAUACCGAAUUAAGUGUUAAUGGAAGUCUUUUAGACAAUUGGAAAUUUGAGGAACAUACGUUAGAUGAAUAUUACUGUGCAGCUAUUGCAUUUAAAAACUGGAAUAAAGAAAUAAAAUCUGAACCAUUUGUUAUUUUAAGCUGCGCAGAGCUUUUAGAAAAUUGUGUUCCAUUAGUUGAGGCAGAUGAAACGUAUUGCCAAGAAAUUUUAAACAAGGAAUGUAAAGUUAAAAGAAAAUAAAAAUUUUUUAUGUAAAAUUAAA